CUGUAUUAUAUAUAAUUUAUGUCGUAUGCACUGUAUAAUAAGAUGAUAAUCGGUAUAUUUUGCAUGCAUAUGAAUAAAAAAAAAAGCCAUGCACACAUCAAUUUUCAGUUUUAACACCCAAUUCCUGCCUAUUAAGAACAAAGCGCGCUUAAUUUAAUAUUUAGAGAAAGGAUGAAGCAAACAAAAAACCUAACCUAAAGCAAUGCAUGUGACAAAACACGAUGCACUUUAUUGACUUUUUGUGUUUUAAAGCUGCGGCUGGAGCAGAUGGUGUUCGUGGAGGAGGAGGAGGAGGAACAUCGAAGCUCUGGCUCUGUGCUGCUCUCAGAUCAGUUCAGUCUGAGAUACAUCAACAUCCAGGAGAAGUCUCUGUGUGUCUGUGGAAUCGCGGAUCUAUGGCACAGGGACAGGACAGAUAUUCAGGAUGAUGUGAAAGAGGGGAUUUAAUGACUCUUCACUUUAGACUCAACUUGGAAAAUUACAUGCGCAACUUGUUUUGAUUGCUGGGGAUUUUCACCAUGGCUUUCCUGUGGCUCUUUCUGCUGAUCAGAGGAAAUGUGUGAACACUUGCACAUAUACAGCUGCACACAAGCGAAGUUUCACAUCUGUGAAGUAACCACUUGGACAGGAGGCUCAGGAUGAGAAGAUGGCAGCCAUACUGUUUCAACCGGGUCCUGACAGUCUACACCGGUUCACUCGUGAGUCCCUGGCUGGAAUCGAGCAGCGGAUCGCAGAGGAGCAGGCCCGCAAUGCCAAGAAGUACAAGGAGGACCUGGGCGACGUGGAGCCGCUCAAGUCCCAGGCCGACCUGGAGGCCGGAAAGCAGCUCCCGCGAAUCUUUGGAGACAUUCCUCCUGGACUGGUGGGCGUCCCUCUGGAAGACAUCGAUCCGUUUUACUUCCAGAACAGGAGAACUUUUGUAGUACUGAACAAAGGGAAGGCCAUCUUCCGGUUUAGUGCCACGUCUGCACUCUAUAUUUUUAGCCCUUUUCAUCCCGUUAGAAGAGCAUCAAUAAGGAUUUUAGUUCACUCUUUAUUCAGUCUUUUCAUUAUGUUCACUAUUUUGACGAACUGCUGCUUCAUGGCCAUGUCUGAACCAGCGCAGUGGGCCAAAUACGUCGAGUACACUUUCACUGGUAUUUACACGUUUGAGUCGUUGAUAAAGAUCCUGGCGCGGGGUUUCUGCAUCGGCCCCUUCACCUUCCUGAGGGACCCCUGGAACUGGCUGGACUUCAGCGUGAUUGUUAUGGCAUAUGUUACUGAGUUUGUGGACUUGGGCAAUGUCUCAGCGUUACGGACAUUCAGGGUUCUGCGAGCACUGAAAACUAUCUCAGUCAUCCCAGGCCUGAAGACGAUCGUGGGCGCUCUGAUCCAGUCGGUGAAGAAGCUUGCAGACGUGAUGAUCCUGACGGUCUUCUGUCUCAGCGUCUUCGCUCUCAUCGGCCUGCAGCUCUUCAUGGGAAACCUGCGGCAGAAAUGCGUCCGAAGCACUGCACACUGUCUCAACUCCACCGUACCUUCACACAACAACAGCACUUUCUUCUGCAAUAACAGAACCUGGUCCUCGCUGGAGGACUUCAUCACUAAUGAAGAUAAUUACUUCAAAGUGGAUGGAGCCAAGGAUGCCUUAAUAUGUGGGAACGCGAGUGAUGCUGGGAAAUGUCCGGAUGGUUUCGAAUGUAUGAAGACCGGACGAAACCCGAACUACGGCUACACCAGCUUCGACACCUUCGGAUGGGCUUUUCUCUCGCUUUUCAGACUCAUGACACAAGACUACUGGGAAAACCUCUAUCAUCACACGCUGCGCUCGGCGGGAAAAGCGUACAUGGUGUUUUUUGUGCUGGUGAUCUUCCUGGGCUCCUUUUACCUGGUGAACCUGAUCCUGGCUGUGGUGGCCAUGGCAUACGAAGAGCAGAACCAGGCCACCAUCGCAGAAGCCCUUCAGAAAGAGCAAGAGUUUCAGCUCGCCAUGGAACAGCUGAAGAAGGAACAGCAGGUGGCUCAGAAAGCACAAGAAACCGAGUCCAUCUUGACGGCCGAUGUGUCUCCAUUCUCCUCACAAGGCAAUGGGAAUCUGGACCGGAGGAAAAGCUCGAGGCCGCUGUCCGAAGGAACGGAUGACGGAAGCAACGACAAAUCAGCCAAGAUGGACACUAUAGAGGAGAUGAAGCAAACGCACUCUUUGUUGGUGCGCACUCUCUCCUUACGAGCACGACGGGAGAGUCAGGUCAGCGUCUUCAACUUCCGGCCGCCGAACAAAGACUCGGAGCUAGAUUUCGCUGAUGAUGAGUUCAGCAAUCAUGGAGAUUCGGACAGCCGUGGUGGGGCGCUGGCUCUGCCCUGGAGCAGGAGACGGACCAGCGCUCAGAGCACCUGCAGCCACAGCUCGCAGUUCUUCUUCCCGAGUCUCAACAUCAACGGGAAACUCUUCGUGGCCAUUGAUCAGAACGGCAUCUCGGGCCAGGGACCGCUGUCUCCGCUGCCACUGCCCACCUGCACCAUGGAGAAGGUCAAGGAGGAGAGCGGACACAAUUCCAGCAAUGAGCUGAGCAGUAUGCUCCUGCCACAGCUGCCCCAGGAGGGACGAGACCGGGCCCUGAGCGCCACCAGCUACAUCACUGAUGCAAUGGAAGAGCUGGAGGAGGCGCAGCAGAAGUGUCACCCGUGCUGGUACGUGUUUGCACACAAGUAUCUGGUGUGGACGUGUUCCCCCGACUGGCUGAAGGUGAAGGAGUGGGUGAAGUUCAUGGUGAAUGAUCCGUUCCUGGACCUGACCAUCACUAUCUGCAUCGUUCUCAACACGCUCUUCAUGGCUCUGGAGCACUAUCCCAUGACAGACGAGUUCAACCGCAUGCUGUCUGUGGGGAACCUGGUGUUCACAGGGAUCUUCACAGCGGAGAUGGUCCUGAAGAUCAUCGCUCUGGAUCCCUAUUAUUACUUUCAGCAGGGCUGGAACAUCUUUGACAGUCUGAUCGUGAGUCUGAGUCUCAUGGAGCUGGGUUUGUCCAACGUGGAGGGUUUGUCCGUCCUGCGCUCCUUCAGACUGCUGCGAGUCUUCAAGCUGGCGAAGUCGUGGCCGACGCUGAACACGCUCAUAAAGAUCAUCGGGAACUCGGUGGGCGCUCUGGGGAACCUGACCCUGGUUCUGGCCAUCAUCGUCUUCAUCUUCGCUGUGGUCGGCAUGCAGCUGUUCGGGAAGAACUACGAGUCGUGCGUGUGUAAGAUCUCCAGGGACUGUACGCUGCCUCGCUGGCACAUGAAGGACUUCUUCCACUCGUUCCUCAUCGUGUUCCGGGUCUUGUGCGGAGAGUGGAUCGAGACCAUGUGGGACUGUAUGGAAGUGGCCGGACAGCCGCUCUGCAUCCUGGUCUUUAUGCUGGUCAUGGUCAUCGGGAACCUGGUGGUUUUGAACCUCUUCUUGGCGUUGCUCUUGAGCUCCUUCAGCGCAGACAACCUCUCAUCUCCGGACGACGACGGUGAAAUGAACAACCUGCAAAUCGCCAUCGCUCGCAUCCAGCGCGGGAUGCUGUGGCUCCGGCAGGCGCUCUGCGACUUCUUCAACGGGAACUUCAAGCGCCGCCGGCAGAAGGCCAAGGAGGCCAAAGCCAUGCUGAAGCUGAAGAGACUGAGCCAGCAGACGCACUGGGCCGAGGGUAACGGGACGGCCGUCAUCGAGCGCGCCACGGAGGACGACAGCUACAUGACCAACCCCAACCUCACCAUCAGUGUCCCCAUCGCUCCCGGAGAGUCCGACCUGGAGUUCCCCGAGGAAGAUGAUGACGAGGAGGAGGAGGAGGAGGAGGAAGAUGAGGCCAGCGAAGGCUCAGAGGAGGAACAAGAGGAAACCAAACGAAGUGAUGAGACCAGCCUAUCAGAGGGCAGCACGAUUGACCUCAGGAAACCUGGCGAGGAGGAGGAUGAAUACUCUGAGACGGCUGAAGAGGCAAUGGAUCCAGAAAACUGCCUUCCUGACUUUUGUGUGCGUCGCUUUAAGUGCUGUGAUAUCAACACGUCCGAGGGUCUGGGUCGAGCCUGGUGGCAUCUGAGGAAGACCUGUUAUCAGAUAGUGGAGCACAGCUGGUUUGAGUCCUUCAUCAUCUUCAUGAUCCUCCUAAGCAGUGGAGCACUGGCAUUUGAAGACAUUUACAUUGAACAAAGGAAAGUGGUCAAAGUGGUGCUUGAAUACGCAGACAAGAUCUUCACCUACAUCUUCAUCUUGGAAAUGGGUCUGAAGUGGAUCGCCUACGGUUUCAGGAAGUACUUCACCAACUACUGGUGCUGGCUGGACUUCCUCAUUGUCGACGUGUCAGUGAUUGGUCUGGUGGCACGUGUGGUCAGUUAUGAUCAGAUUGGCUCUAUGCGGGUUCUGCGGACGUUCCGGGCGCUCCGGCCUCUCCGUGCUGUAUCUCGCUUUGCUGGGAUGAGGGUGUCUAUCGUAAGCCUUGUAGCAAACACGCUGGGCUACUCGGACUUUUCUGCCAUCAAAUCUCUCCGAACGCUUAGAGCCCUCAGACCGCUGAGAGCACUGUCCCGGUUUGAAGGCAUGAGGGUGGUGGUGAACGCUCUGAUCGGGGCGAUCCCGUCCAUCAUGAACGUGCUGCUGGUGUGUCUCAUCUUCUGGCUCAUCUUCAGCAUCAUGGGAGUCAAUCUGUUCGCGGGGAAGUUCGGCCGCUGUGUCAACCGCACCGGCUUCAUCUUCAACGCCUCCUUCAUCAACAACAAGAGCGAGUGUCUGGAGAUGAACAGCACGCAGUAUUACUGGAGCAAAGUCAAGGUUAACUUCGAUAACGUGGGCGCUGGGUACCUCGCUCUGCUGCAGGUGGCCACGUUCAAGGGCUGGAUGGAGAUCAUGUACGCCGCGGUCGACUCACGAUCUGUGGAAGAGCAGCCCAUUAAAGAGAACAGCCUGUACAUGUACCUAUACUUCGUCAUCUUCAUCAUCUUCGGCUCCUUCUUCACGCUCAAUCUCUUCAUCGGUGUCAUCAUUGACAAUUUCAACCAACAGAAGCGAAAGUUAGGAGGACAGGACAUCUUCAUGACAGAAGAACAGAAGAAAUAUUAUAACGCCAUGAAGAAACUGGGAACCAAGAAACCUCAGAAACCCAUCCCUAGGCCUACUAACUCGAUCCAAGGAUUCUUCUUCGACUUGGUGUCCAAACAAGCCUUCGACAUCAUCAUAAUGCUGCUGAUCAUCCUGAACAUGGUGACGAUGAUGGUGGAGACGGACGAACAGUCUCCCAGCCUCGAGGUCAUCCUUUACUACGUCAACUUGGCCUUCAUCGUCAUCUUCACCACCGAGUGCAUCAUCAAACUCAUCGCACUGCGCUGCUACUUCUUCACCGUCAGCUGGAACAUCUUCGACUUCGUAGUUGUCAUCCUCUCCAUUGUGGGUAUCGUUCUCGCAGACAUCAUCGAGAAGUACUUCGUCUCGCCCACACUCUUCCGCGUAAUACGCUUGGCUCGAAUCGGACGAAUCCUUCGCCUCAUCCGCGGCGCCAAAGGAAUCCGGACAUUGCUUUUUGCUUUAAUGAUGUCUCUCCCAGCGUUGUUCAACAUCGGCCUCCUGCUGUUCCUCGUCAUGUUCAUCUACGCUAUCUUCGGCAUGGCCAACUUCGCUUACGUCAAGAGGCAAGCCGGCAUCGACGACAUGUUCAACUUCGAAACCUUCGGAAACAGCAUGAUCUGUCUCUUCCAGAUCACAACGUCCGCCGGAUGGGACAAUCUGCUCAGUCCAAUCCUCAACAACUCUCCGGAGGAGUGCGACCCGGAUAUUCCUCACACCGGGACGAACGUUCGCGGAAACUGUGGGAAUCCUUCAGUGGGGAUAACGUUCUUCGUAACCUACAUUAUUAUUUCAUUUCUCAUCGUGGUCAACAUGUACAUCGCGAUUAUAUUGGAGAACUUCAGCGUGGCCACCGAGGAGAGCACAGAGCCGCUGAGCGAGGACGACUUCGAGAUGUUUUACGAAGUCUGGGAGAAGUUCGAUCAGGAAGCGACGCAGUUUAUCGAAUACGCCAAACUCUCAGAUUUCGCCGACUCACUUUCCGAGCCGCUGCGCAUCACCAAACCCAACAAAAUCAAACUGAUUUCCAUGGACCUUCCGAUGGUGAGCGGCGACAAGAUCCAUUGUUUGGAUAUCCUCUUCGCGUUCACCAAACGUGUUCUUGGAGAGUCGGACGAAAUGGAUGCUUUAAAGCAACAAAUGGAAGAGAAGUUCAUGAUGGCAAACCCAUCCAAGAUCUCCUACGAACCGAUCACGACGACGCUUCGGCGCAAGCAAGAAGAAGUUUCCGCCAUCAUGAUCCAGCGCUCGUAUCGGAGGCAUCUAAUGCGGCGUCAGCUAAAACAAGCCUCGCUACUUUAUCGCCAUCUCAACAUGACAGACGCCGACAAAGACGGCGACAGUUCGCCAGAGAACGAAGGACUUAUAGUUGCGAUGAUAAUGGAGAACUACGGCGCCGAGGACGAAAUUACGGAAACGCACUCGGCUGCUUCGUCUCCGCCUUCGUACGACAGCGUCACGCGAACGACUACCGAGCUUUUUCACGCUCUAAUUCCAGACGCCGCGAACACGGACCUCAGCGAACCUUUGACAGACCGAGAUCGCGAGACGUUUCUGUGACGACGGACGUCUUUUCCUUUUGUUUACCGAAUGUAACAUAGACACAAAAUCCUGCGGUUGUGCGUCAAAGGCUUUUGUAGACUAACUUUUAUUUCUCUUGUUUUGUUUGUUUGGAUAUACAAGGGGAAAGUGUCACACCUUCACAGUUUGAAUGCAUGGAUGAGAUCCGUAGUCGCAGUUAUAGAGGAUGUAAUCAUCGUAUAUUAGACUGAAAGCAACACAUUUUAAUCAAAGCGUCGGCCUGACCGUAAGUUCAUUAAAGGUCUUACUUAACACAGCGUGAUUCCUUUUAAGAUUUGAGAUAAUUUAGAAGAAUCGUAGCGGUGCAACCAUGUAAAUGUUACCAGUCUUGUCUUAGGUUCAUACUUCAAGUCAUUUUUGAAAGCAUGACGAUUACCUCUUUCUUUAGCAAUGAAAGGGCAGUGUUUUAGCCUGAGUAUUUGCACUUUUUUGUUUGUUUUGCCAUUUCUUAUGACGUUUCGCUCAAUGCCAUCACAAGGUGCAGAUAUCGAGACUAGUAAAAGACAAUCAGACAUGCACAAGAAAUGGUCACUUGCUUAAAACCUGUCUAGCGAACUAUUGCACAUGCUCCCUUUCAAAUGCACCACACAUUUGUUUCUCUUGUGAAGUAUUUAUUUUGCAUGUGGAAACUGCAUGGUACGGAGGGGUAACAAGAUCACUGAGAAUAAUUGUUUUGCACACAGUACGUUCAGCAAUAAUUUGCUACAUUUAGGAAUAACCUUAAUGAUACUUAUUGGAAUUGAAAACGUGUCAAAAUUUCUACUGUAACGGCCUCCAGCUGUAACUGUGGCUUAUAUGACUAGUGAAGAUUAUAGCACAUGUGUUUUUCUAUCUCGGGUUGGCAGGUUUGAUGAAGGGCUGUUUUAUGUAGCAAUAGAUCCCAAGUGUGCCUGCUAGAACUAAAUCCUGUGUUUAUAAUUCAUCUUUCUUCAUGCAUUUGUUUUGGUUUUUGUAAAUCGUUCGCAGACUCACCAUAAAUAGCAUCAAACGCAAACCGUUCCAUUGGCGUGCUUUGAUACAUAUUCGCUUAUGGUGGUUUCUAUCAGGAAAUCACAGUAAAAAAGUACUAAUUCAUAGAGAUAAAAAAAAGACAUCUAAACAAAACAUUCUGCAAUGUAUCAUAAAAAUGUCUGUAUGUUAGUGGUACAAAAUAUAUUGUAUGAAACUACAAGGGAAUAGUCCAAUUUGAUAAUCAAUGUUAUUACUACAAUAUUACAAUGUUAUUACUAGUUCCUCUAAAUUAAUUGAGAUGCAAGCAAACAUUCAAAUUAAAUCUACUUUUUUUUUACAUAAGGCUGCUUUAAUACACCAAUAACCUCUUUUUAAAUCCUGAACAUUAAUUACCUUCAAUGCACAAGUGUGUUUCUAAAACGCUGUUGAACUGUAAAUAAGCAUCAAAUGUCACUGUGCAUUUACACAGAUGACUCAACACAGCUUUAUUUACAGGAAAUCUAAUACUUGACCUGUGCAAACUACAUUUACAGGCUUAAAAACCCACAAGGCUAAAAUAGACUCGCGCUCGGUUAAAUGCUAAUGCAAUUAUUCUGACAUAGCGUCACUAAAGGGCGCAGAUGCGAAGCAUUUAUUAUACUGUAUCUUCUCAGAUCGAGGUUUGUUUGCAUUACAUUUGAACACUUGAACUUAAUGUUUUGGACCUUAUUUGGGCUGGAUGUCAUAAUUAAUUUGAUGAAAAUGAGGCUGUGAGCG